GCCGGAAGGGGGUGGCCGCCAGUCCGGCCCCGCCCCGGGGCCGCUUCCCGGCGGGUUCCGUUGGCUGCGGCGGCAGCUGAGGCUGCGGCGGCAGUGGCCGCAGGGCGGGCGUAAGAUGGCGACAGCGGUGGCGGGAGCCCUGGGCCUGCUGUGGGGCUGGCUGUGGAGCGAACGCUUCUGGCUGCCCCAGAACGUGAGCUGGGCCGAUCUCGAGGGCCCGGCCGACGGCUACGGCUACCCGCGGGCCCGGCACAUUCUCUCGGUGUUCCCGCUGGCGGCGGGCAUAUUCUUCGUGAGGCGGCUCUUCGAGCGAUUUAUUGCCAAACCUUGUGCACGCCAUGUUGGCAUCCAGGACAGUGGUCCUUAUCAGACCCAACCCAAUGCCAUCCUUGAAAAGGUGUUCAUAUCUAUUACCAAGUAUCCUGAUGAGAAAAGGCUGGAGGGCCUGUCAAAGCAACUGGACUGGGAUGUCCGAAAAAUCCAGUGCUGGUUUCGCCAUCGGAGGAAUCAGGACAAGCCCCCAACGCUCACCAAAUUCUGUGAAAGCAUGUGGAGAUUCACUUUUUAUUUAUGUAUAUUCUGCUACGGAAUUAGAUUUCUCUGGCCGUCAACUUGGUUCUGGGACACCAGACAGUGCUGGCAUAGCUAUCCAUAUCAGUCUCUCACAAGUGGGCUUUAUUACUAUUAUAUCAUGGAAUUGGCCUUCUAUUGGUCUCUUAUGUUUUCUCAGUUUACAGACAUUAAAAGAAAGGACUUCCUGAUUAUGUUUGUGCAUCACUUGGCCACCAUCGGGCUCAUCACCUUCUCCUAUAUCAACAACAUGGUUCGUGUGGGAACUCUGGUCAUGUGUCUACAUGAUGCCUCAGACUUCCUGCUGGAGGCAGCCAAGCUGGCCAAUUAUGCCAAGUAUCAGCGCCUCUGUGACACCCUUUUUGUGAUUUUCGGUGCUGUUUUUGUGGCCACUCGUCUAGGAAUCUAUCCAUUCUGGGUUCUGAACACGACACUCUUUGAGAGUUGGGAGAUGAUCGGGCCCUAUCCCUCCUGGUGGCUCUUCAAUGGGCUUCUCCUGAUCCUGCAGGUUCUGCACAUCAUCUGGUCCUACCUAAUCAUGCGAAUUGCCUUCAAAGCCUUGAUCCGAGGAAAGGUAUCUAAGGAUGAUCGCAGCGAUGUGGAGAGCAGCUCAGAGGAAGAAGAUGUGACCACCAGCACAAAAAGCCCCCGUGGCGGUAACUCCAGCAAUGGUGCCAAUCGAGUGAAUGGUCACAUGGGAGGCAGCUACUGGGCUGAAGAGUGAGGCACUUGGUGUGGGGACUUCAGCACACAUGGACUUGUCGGCCCACUGGCAGCCUACUCCUCUUGGGCCUCUCCUCAUCUACCCUCCUGUGACUACAGGGUCUGCAGGGCACUAAAGAGAAUCAAAGAAGCAUAUAUUUUCACUUUUAAAAAAAUUUUUGCCAUUUUGUAUUUAAUAGCCUCCAGGUUCUUUCAAUAAUGUUAUUUGCUCUGUGUGUGUGUUUGUGUGUAUGUGUGUGCAUGUGCAUUUGUGCAUGUGCAUGAGUUUCAUUGCCUGGGUUGGGGCACAAUUCUGGACUGGGGCCACUAGGCCUUGCCUGGUCCCCUUUGAACUCACCUCAAUUCCAGAUUUGGCUGCAUCUUGAAUUAUGCUGGCUCCAGACUGUCCCCUCCCUUGCUGCCCAUGGCUCUGGCCAUCUGAAUUAGAGCAGCCAAGUUCAGCUCGAAAUUCUGCACGGUUCCUUCAGAGCUGGAAUAUUUCGCGUGAAGUUGUAUAGAAACAGACAAGCAUGGAUGGGUGGCUAGGAUUGCUGUGGUCCCUAGCUGGAUCCACCUCCUACCCUGCUCUUUACUCAAUGGUACGCGGGGAGUUGGGGGUGGGAGAGGGUGAGCUGAGGGCUAUAGGAGGACAACGGCCACUGGGUGAGCUGUUAAUGGUUUGUACUAUUGUUUACUAUUCUGUGAUUAAAAGUGCUUCAACCCUC